AUGUCAGGGGACCAGUCAACCCAGAGAUGGGACUACACACAAAUCAGCGUCCAGAAUUUCUUCUACAGGUGGACCAUCAGCAACUUCCAUUUCAUUCUGGAGGGAAUUCAGGAACGCAUUAGAAGCCCAACUUUCUCAAUAGAAGCCAAUGACAAAUGGUAUUUGGGAGUACACCUGAAUGGAGCUGAUGAAGAAAGCAUAGAUUAUCUGUCAGUUUAUCUAGUGUUGCUCAGCUGUCCAAAGAGUCAUGUUUGGGCAAAGUUCCAGUUCUGGAUCCUAAGCACCGAAGGAGAGACAACCUACGGUGUGUGGUAUCCAAGAGUCUUUAGGUUCAUGCCAGGUGUCGAACUGGGAUUUAAAAAGUUCAUCCUUAGAAAUUUCCUCUUGUCCUUUGCGCCUUGGCUUCUCCCAAAUGACAGGCUCACCCUCCUCUGCAAAGUAAGCAUGGCCCAGGACUCCUUCAGCAUCUCUGAUCAGAACAGAAAACAAGGGACCCAGGUUCCCAGGUGCACUUUGGCAGAUGAGCUAGGAGAGCUGUGGGCAAAUUCCCACUUCACAGACUGCUGCCUGGUGGUAGCUGGACAGGAAUUCCAGGCUCACAAGGCCAUCUUAGCAGCUUGUACUCCAGUUUUCAGAGCCAUGUUUGAACAUAACAUGGAGGAGCACAAAAGGAAUCACGUUGAGAUCCUUGACCUGGAGCUGCAAGUCUUCAAGGCAGUGAUGGACUUCAUUUACACCAGAACAGCACCAGACGUGGACAGCAUGGCAGCUGCUGUGCUGGCAGCUGCUGACAAGUAUGGCCUGGAGCGUUUGAAGGUCACGUGUGAGGAUGCCCUCUGCAGAGACCUCUCUGUGGAGAAUGCUGCCCACACUUUCUUCCUGGCUGACCUCCACAACGCAGGGCAGCUGAAAACCCAGACACUGGAUUUCAUUUCAGCUCAUGCUUCUGAGAUCUCUGAGACCUCAGGCUGGAAGACAAUGGUGGCGUCAUAUCCCCAGUUGGUAGCUGAAGCAUACUGUUCCCUGGCUUCUGCUCACUGUCCUUUCCUGGAGGUCCCCUCAAAUGCCUAA